AUGGAUACGCUCGGCUCGAUUUCGGCAUCGUUUCUGUCGGGAUUCUCCGUGUCGACCGCACGACUCGCGUACCUGGACAUAUGCGACGUUUGCACAACGCUGACGAGAGCGUUCCAAACGCAAUUGUUCAUCAACAUCGUCGGCAACGUGUUCGGCGUCACGUUCAUGAUGCUCUCCGCGUUCAACACGCUCAUGUCCGACGGCUCCAACACCAUCCGAAUCACGCUGUACUUUCUUUACGAGUCUCUCGUACGCACGCUGCAGAUGUACUUCAUCAUCGACGCUUGCCAUACGACCGUCGAACAGGUACAAUUAUUCAUUUUGGAGAUGUUGGAUCAUAAAAUAGAAUUUGUUAUUUAUGGUUUCAUAUGUCUGGACUUUGAAAUGUUUGUAUCGAUAAUGGGUACCAUAGCUACGUAUUUUCUGAUUUUGGUUCAAUUAGGAUCUUCACCAGAUGUCUUGUGUGGAAGAACCCCAGCAAGAAUUGAUGAUGAAACUCGAGGCCCUGGAAUAUCAUCAUGUUGUUAUCAUGGUGAUCUGCAAACGGUUUGUGGUUUUCCGCCGGUACCAAUUUCUAACGUACCAUUAGAAUGCACGUCCUUAGUAUAUGAUGGGGCUUAUAUUAAUUUAUAUCACUACGUUUGUGAUAACAUUACUAAUGGCGAUUUCGAACAAUUAGAUAAGAUUUUGGUGAGUGGUAAGUCUGCAUAUUUAUACUUCGGUCAUGCUUCUCAAAAAGAAUGGAGUAUAAAACUUGCUAAUGAAACUUGCAAUGGAGGAAACAACUCGAAAGAGGACAUGAAAGGAUUAAAGGUUUUCUUUGACAAUCAUCCAAAUAUCACUGGUCUUAUUAUUGGAAAUUUAGAGUACACAUAUUAUUCCGAAGAAUUUCCGACAUAUACAGAAAAUUUAAAAAUCUAUCUCGAGACGAUGAGAUCAAUUUUUCCAAAAUUAAUAAUUGGUCUAGCUUUCAGAGGAGUGCUUCUAAUAGAUCAGUUUACCUACUCAUCGUUAAAAUGGUUGGAUAUUGGUGUAAUAGCUUCUGUUACGGAUUUUUUCCUUAUUGAUGCAGUGUUACUAAAUGAGUGUACUAAGGACUUCAUAACUACUGGAUUAUCUCCAAAAACGUCAUCAUUAACAAUUUAUACAUUGGAUAAAUUAAAAGAUGUCUUAAUUCAAGGAUCAUUUCCAAAAGAAAAAACAUAUUUUAAAUAUAUGAUAAGUCCGAGAUCAUCCGACAAUACAACUGAGGAUUGUACUUUGACUCUUGAACAGAUGUGUUUAACGCCACAAAAUUCAUGUAAUUGGUGUGUAGAAACCGAAUCAUCGUUAAAUGAAAAAGGUAAAUUUGCAAAUGAAAAUGGAGCGGGAUUUAUGGUUACUUUUAUCGAUAUAAAUGACCCUAAUAACCACUGUGGCUGUGAAAAACCAUAUUCUUGGUUCUACGCUAUACUCGAUGGCUGGAAUGGUGCUAUAACAAAAGUUUGUGAUUUAUUAAAAAGAGAUUAG